AUGGCCGACCGCACUCCAUCUCCUUUCAGGUCUUCCCCUUCUCGCCACAGCAAGUGCAGGACGGCGGCCGAGAGACUCACCGACGACCUCCUCGUGGAGAUCCUCUCGCGCGUCCCGGCCAAGUCGCUCUGCCGCUUCAAGUGCGUCUCCAACCACUGGCUGAGCCUCAUCCACCACCCCGACCACCGCAAAAAGCUCCCCCAAACCCUCGCCGGCUUCUUCCACGGAGCCGGCGCCAUCACGCGGGACUGGCUUCUGGUAUCGCCCGUCCUCUUCACCAGUGUAUCUCAGAGACAUAGCACUCCCAUCGACACCUCUUUCGCCUUCCUGCCCAACCACAGGCAUAUAGAGCUAUUGGACAGCUGCAACAGCCUUCUCCUCUGCCGCUUGCACGGUGUCUUUGCCCAGGGUGAUGACUUAUGUUAUGUGGUGUGGAAUUCUGCCACGGAGAAGUGGGUCAUGUUGCCGGACUCCGGCCAGGAAAGCAUCUUUGUGGUUAUCGCACGUUUGGGCUUCACUCCGGGCAUUUCUUCGCAUUUCCAUGUGUUUUUGUUGGUGGAGGAGCAGGAUCAAUGGAACCCAGACCUCUCCGGAGUGGCAGUGUAUUCGUCUGAAACCGGAGAAUGGGUUUAUAAGGAGAACAGAUGGAACAAGCGUAUCAAGGUCAUUGAGCUUCAGUUAUCUUCUGCCUUUCUUAACGGCUAUCUGCAUAUCCAAGCUGAUGGCCAGGACUUAACCACUUGUCUAGCUGUGGUGGAUACGGAUGUGGAAACAUGGAUGAACUUCAGUGUCCCUGGUGGUCUGGUUAACGGUUUUAUUCAACAGUCACAAGGCCGCUUGCAUUAUGCCAAUUUUCAGAGAGAUGAAGACCGUGGUGUCUUUCGACUAGUGGUUUAUGUUCUCGAGAACUACCAAAGCAAAGAAUGGAUAUUGAAGCAUGGAUUGCGAUUCAUCCGGAAUGCAACUUGA